UUACGGAUAGCAAGAUGCGCAGCAUGUUUACAAAUUCCAAAAAUACGUAACGCACAUUUCAGUUUCUAACUGAAACGAGGGAACAGAUGAGACGCAACGCGAAACGAAAUUUACUUCACGGCAAUGACACGAAAUACAACCUACAAUUUUAAUUAAAAGAAUUGUGCAAGCAUUAGGGUUUAACUCGAGCGAUCGGUUUCCUCACUUUAGCAAACGUAACAUUUCAUUCUAGUCACUUACUUUACUUUGAACGCAUAACAUGGUGUCAGAUAAAGGUACCGGUGAGAAUGUCAACGCACGCGAAACAAGUAAUACCAAAUCGUUGUUAUUGCCGCGUCCAAGAUGAAGGAGUGAGUCUGAACGAGAUCGCAAAACUCAUAAACACUUUAAAUCAAAAGAUUUUAGACUUGCGAAAUGAAGUCAGUACUCUAAACAAUAUCAAUCCUGAUAUUCCCGAUGGAGAACGGAAAUUACUCGAAAAGUCCCAGCCAGUUUCUUACAACAGAGAAAUCGACGAUUUACAAAAGAAUGUGAGGUACAAUAAAUGUAUGAUUUCAGAAAAUUCAAAAGUUCUCGCUAAUAUCUUUCAAAAUGAUUCGACAAAUAAGAAGAGUAUAUCGAAAAAUAUCAAAGAUGCAAACAGUUCUGAGUCUAAAUUAAAAGUGCAAACGAAACGUAAUCCUGUUAUCGAGUUCAAGCCAAGAAGAAGGAUUAAGAAAAUUUCUCACGGAGUACAGUGUAACUUGGCAAUGGAUCGAAGAAGGAAACGAAUUUUCUUAAAUUGUUUUAAGACGGACUACAAUUUUUUAAAACCGAAUAAGAAAAUGAAGCUUUCAUCAGAAUCUGACAUUCACAUUGGUUACGAUAAAGAAAAAUUUAUCUUAACGAACAUCAAACAGGAAGACGAACAAAAUCUUCAAUUAGAAGUUUACGCAUCCGAAGAGGAACCAUCGCGUGAAGAUGUAGAUCGUUUGUGCAAGUUGAUUAAAAUGGAGCCUGAAAAGGAUAAGUUCCAAGAAGAUGAAUGUCAACUUUUCAAAUGUCCAACAAAUCGAAUGGGCGGUGGCGCAGAGUUCCGUGGAAAUCAUUUGAUUUCCGACUUUCACGAUAAGAUACAGAAGAUCAACUUAUAUAGAAACGUAAAAUUCGAUGCGAAAAAUGUGAAAAGGAGAUUGGACGCUUGCAUAAACGAACUUAAUGAAAUAAUCGAAGAUGUAUCUUUAAUCUUUUCAAAAUAAUAGCAAGAGGGAAUCAGCGAACAUUAAACGAUGAAGGAAGGCGAUUUGUUGGAUCAGCGAUUAAAAUAUGAUACCGAUUGAUUAAAAGAAAAUAUCUACUUCAUUUGUUGUACUACAUACAAAUUACUUGUCUCGAAAAAAGUUCGAUUGGGAAAUAUCGUUGCACCAGUGCAAGUGCAACGCGUGUGGAUAUAAUAUGGAUUGAACACAUCUAUGAAAACGAAAAGUACAUACGAUGUCGUGUUGUGCAUUCAAAUGAAAUUAAAGUGAUAAGUCCAAGAUGCACGAACGAUUACUGUUCACGGAAGCCUACGGGAGUGAGAAGGAAACAUUUUUUGUUAAAUCCAAAGAUGAACAAUCAAUAACCGAAUUGUUAUCAGACACAACCAGAACCAAAUCUUUUUAUUCCAGUUUCGUGUCGAUUCUGAAAGAGGUAUUUUUACCUCAAGGAUAUCCUGACAGCGUUCACCCUGACUACACUCCGUAUCAGAUAUGGGAUACGGUUCAGGCAUUUGCCAGUACUAUAAUGGGCACUCUUACAACACAUUCCAUUAUGCAAGGCGUAGGUGUAGGUGAAGCUGCAGCAACACCAUUAGCAGCAGCAAUAACAUGGAUAUUAAAAGAUGGAACUGGAAUGGUUGGUCGUAUUGUAUUUGCAUGGUGGAAUGGAACAGAUUUGGAUGGUCAAUGUAAAAAGUGGAGACUAUUUGCUGACAUUCUUAAUGAUUUAGCAAUGGGAUUAGAGCUACUCUUACCUUAUUUUUCUCCUUAUUCCCUUGGGAUAUUGUGUGUGUCAACAGCAAUGAAAUCUAUUGUUGGCGUAGCAGGCGGAGCAACAAGAGCAGCACUUACACAACAUCAGGCGUUACAAAAUAAUUUGGCAGAUGUAUCAGCCAAAGAUGGGAGUCAGGAAACGUGUGUAAAUUUAAUAGCAAGCUUUGUUGGUAUUUUAAUACUCUCAAUGGUACAUAGUGGACGAUACGUACUGGAACUUUAUCUCAUUCUGGUAAUGGUACAUCUCUAUGCAAAUUAUUCAGCUGUGAAAGCAUUGUGCUUGAACUCUUUGAACGAGGACCGUUUAGCUUUGAUAGUGAAAAGUUAUGUUUUAAAUGAAGUCAUUCCGGUACCCGAGGAAAUUAAUAAAAAGGAAUCUGUGUUAUUGUUAAGAAAACCUACGAUGAGUGUGUGCGGAUUUAAUAUUAAAAUAGGCGUAUCUCUGGCUGAUCUUAUUAAAAGAGAUAUAAUUUUAACCAGUGACACGGAGCUAGCAUUGAAACUUUUCUUAGAUAGAAAAUAUUUAAUUUCUAUUGAUGUACAGAAUAAAACUAUUUUUAUAUGUCUUAAAAAAGAUGCGCAACCUUACGACAUCCUCGAAGCAUAUUUUCACGCUUGUCUUUGCGGCUUGUAUAUUUGUAUGUCUCUGAAAGUGCCACUUGAUGUGUUUUUAAGGCCCAAAGUAAGCGAUCCAUCGUACCCUUUAAUGCGAAUAUACGUACUUAAUACGAAAUACUUUACUACAAGUAGUAGUGCACAAUCUUCAAAAGCUAUAGAGAGCAUUUACGCUACUAACUUGUUAAUUUCUUGUGAAUACAAAGCAUUUAUUAGUGGCCUUGAAAACAAAGGAUGGAUAACAGAAACUAAUUUAUUACCAGUAGCUGGCUGGAGGUUUUUGUAAAGAGGACACAUAAAAACGGAGUGUAAAUGUUGAACAUCGUGACUCCUUUCUUGAUAUCGUUUACCGUGAUAAAAUUUUAUAAUUUUAUUUGUAUGUCUCAUAAAUUAUGUGUUGGCAAUGAGAUAAAAUUAUUUAUAUUUUUUUAUAAAUUUUUAUCACAGGUGAUUAUAGUAUAGUAAAACCGAUAUGGAAACCAGUUUAUUUCCAAUAAUUUAUAAAAAUAUAACACGCCUUUAACCUGUACAAAUAUUUCAAUGAAGUUCAACUAAGAUUCCUGUUCUUGCUUA